AGAGGUAGUGAAUAACAUAAUUAAUUUGGUUAGAGAGAGAAUGCAGGAGAGAAGGAGGCGGAGCUGCAAUGGGUGCAAAGCUCUCCGGCAGGCCUGCAGUGGGGACUGCACAAUCAGGCCUUGCCUUCAGUGGAUCAGAUCUCCGCAGUCGCAGGCCAACGCCACCCGCUUCCUCUCCAAAUUCUACGGCCGCGCCGGCCUCCUCAAUCUCAUCACUUCCGGCCCCGCCCAUCUCCGCCCUGAAAUAUUCAAGUCGCUGCUGCACGAAGCCUGCGGGAGGAUCAUUAAUCCGAUCAACGGCUCAGUGGGCCUGCUGCGCUCCUCCGACUGGCCCCGCUGCGAGGCCGCCGUCGAGGCGGUCCUACGAGGCGCUCCACUCGCCGGCGGCGGCGGCGACAUUCGCCACCGGGUCAGGACCCGAAACAGAAUCAGGCAGUCGGCGGGUGGACCCAACAAAAGAGGUGAUCAUCAUCAGAAUCAGUUUAAUAAUUAUUGGAUCCAAUCAGAGAGUAAUACUAAUAAUAAGUUUACCAUCACGGGAACUGGGUGGGACCAUCUCCAUCCGGGCCGGGCUGGACCGAGCUGUUGAACAGGACCCGGCCCAAUCAGUACAUCAUUUCAGUGGAGGACUAGACUAGUGCACUUCGAAUUUAUUUAAUACAAUAUAUAUAUAUAUAUUAUGUGUGUUAUAUGACAGAUGCAUGCAUGGAGUUAAGUGUG